AUGGCUCCAGUGUCGCCAUUCAAGUUUGUCCUGCUAAUGGCUGCUGCGCAUGGCGCCUCUGGAAUCUCCCUGCGGGAGGUGGUGAAGGAGGUGAUGGACGACCUGGCAGUCGAUGCAACAGUCGAUCCAGCCGGGGUAGCCAACCCCCUCAACCCCUACACCAGGAAGGCCACUUCAAGAAUCGCCGCCAACAGCUCGGACGUCCCAGCUCAGAUCUCUGCGGCCGUGGACGCCACCGCACCCGGGAAUUCGAUGAAGUUCCAGAGCGACGUGACAAUGGCGGCUGCACUCCUGGGUACGCCGCUUGUUCUCUACCUCCUGCGCACGGACGCGCUGAGGCAGCCGAGCCUGGCGGUGAUUCUGGUCGUCACUGGGCUUUACAUCUUCGCCAGCCUGGCUAUGAACGUGCUCAACAAGAAGGCGGCAAAGGCGUUCGAGGCCACCUGUCUCCUGGUCAUCAUUCAGAUGCUGGUGUCCGUUGUCGUGAUCAUCUGCAUGGAGUACGACAAGAUGAAGAUGGACAAGUGGGCUGACUUCAUGAAGUGGCUGGUCGUGCCUUUCGCCUUUGCCGGGAUGCUCGGCACAUCCAUGUUCGCGUUCAAGGAGGCAAGUUUGACUACCAUUCUGAUCAUGCGGAACAUCUUGCCGAUCCUUACUUUCGGGUUCGAGAAGGCUCUGUUCAACCAGCCGGAGUCGAUGUGCUGGAAGGUGGUCACGUCCUUGGUCGUGACCCUGGCCGGCAGCGUGCUCUACGGGUUCGUGGACAUCUCCGCGACGAACCUCGGCAAGCUGCUCAUCCUCGUGAAUUGCGCUUUCACCAUCGUGGACCGGCUCGUGCAGGCCAAGCUGCUCAAGGGCAACAAGGAUUUCAGCAUCAGCAUCUCCAUGUGCAUGCUCCUCAACAACGGCCUGGGGGUGGUCCCCAUGCUCGCCCUCGCGCUGGCGAAGGGCGAGGUUCCGGAGGGGAACGCGUGGUUCCUGGUGAUGAUGUCGGGGCUGUGCGGCGCGUCGCUGGGGUACGUGGGCCUUCGCACGCAGCAGCUCGUCUCGGGCACCACGGUGCUCGUGAUGCAGAACUUCAACAAGCUGCUGAUCAUAGCGCUCGGCAUGUUCGUCUUCCACGAGCACCUCACGCCGAUGUCAUUCCUGGGGUGCUUCGUCUCCCUCCUGGGUUGCUUUGGCUACGGCUACCUGCGCCUGCCGUCUGAGGCCAAGGCGCCAGGAGAGGCCCCGAGGCACGGCGACACCAGCAACGAGGCGCUGGUCGCAGGCACCCUCCCCGCGCGCCGUGCGGUGGCGACUCCUCAUCUGGAGGCCGCCUGCCGAAGCGCGCUCUCCGGGGGAGGCCUGUGCGGUUUCACCACCGUGAGGCUGAAGAACGUGGACUUGGCGCUCACGCCGAACAGGCUGGCCCGUAUGCUCAUCAGUCACGGGUUCAAGGAUUCCUUUGACUUGGUGUACAUCCCCCUCGACAUGGUGAACAAAACCAAGAACCGGUCGCUUGCGUUCGUCAAUUUCGUCGACCCUGCGGCGGCGGAGUGCGCCUACUUGAAGUUCCACAACCAGGAGAUGCCGCCCGAGCUCGGAGUGUGCAAGAACGGAAAGCGGCUGGAGAUCACCCCAGCGCACGUGCAGGGCUUCCAGGAAAACAUCGCGUGGAAUUCUGACGCCGUGGUCGCUGGGCAGAAUUGCCACCCCGCCGCUCAGCGCGCGCCGCCGCCUGCGCGGCCCCCCAGCCAUGCGCGGCCGCGGCAGUGCUGCCCCGCGGCCCCAGACAUCGCCCCGGCCGCCCCGCCGCCGACGUACCCGCGGCUGGCCGCGACGCGCGCGUCGAGGGCUGCGCCGGCGUCUCCGCCGCCGGCGUUCGUGGGAGACGGGCGCUCGUCGGUGGACAUGCAGGCUGCUGCAGAUCGCGCAGUGGAAGUUACAGGGCGCCGACUCACUCCCAGCGAGCUGCCCGACGCCGUCAAGGUCGACAUGCACUUCCGCCGAGCGUGGCGCGUGAGCCAGCCUCUCCCCGAGCACAUCGCGAAGCUCGUGCACUUCGCCGAUGGGCGCGCGGACGAGGAGCAGCGCGCGGCGUUCAGCCACGAGGUGCGCAUCGCGAGCAGGCAGUACAACAUCGACCCCGACGCGCUCCCCACGCCCGAGGGGUUUGCCGCGGGAUGUCGGGCACCCAUCGGCGGCCGUGGACAAACGCAGCACCGGCGGCCCAAGCGCGGUCGCAAGCGCAGCAAGGACGGCAAGGACAAGGGCAAGAAGACGGAGGCUUCCGAGGCUGAGCCCGCAAAGGAGAAGGUCCCGGCAACCGAGGACGCUGAGGAGGCCGCGGCGGACGACGCCGCAGCGGACCCGGACAGGUCGCAGGGAGUCGUCGCGGGGCUCUGGGUCGCCAGGUCCACGCCGGGUCGACGCCAGGCUCUGCUUGCGAGCUGCUGCGUCGCCACCGUCACCUUCGCCUUCCGUUCUGUCGCCGCGGUCGCCAUCGGCAUCGUCAUCGCCGAAGAGUGGUUCAGCCUUCUUGCCCAGGCUGGCGUGGCCCCUGGCGCCCCGCUUCCUCUGGCGCACGGUGGCGACAAGGCCCCGUCCAAGACUUUCUCGAAGGGCUGGUCCGAGCCGUACGGCGCCAAGGGCAAGGACCCCUGGGGCGGCGGCAAGGACGCCUGGGGCGGCGGCAAGGACGCCUGGGGCGGCGGCUACGGCGGCAAGGGGAAGGACACAUGGGGCGCUGGAAAGGAUUCUUGGAGUGCCGGCAAGGAUUCUUACGGCAAGGGCAAGGGCCCCAUGCAGAGCGCCGUCAGCAAGGGCAAGGGCGACAAGGGCAAGGACGGCAAGGACGGCAAGGGCAAGCGCGGCAAGGGACACCUCCUGCCCCGGACGCGGAUAUCGGCCGAGAAGUUCCAGGGUACCGUCUCCGCGUGGAAGGGCAAGUUCGGCUGGAUCACCCCGGCCGAGGAGAUUGAGCACGAGAAGGCAAAGCUCCACAAGGGCGGCCUUUUCGUGAGCAUGGACGACCUGGAGGGCGUGACGAAGCUGACGGAGGGCGCCACCGUAGAGUUCCACAUUUGGGAGGACGCGACAGGGCUGGGCGCGGAGGAGGUGGUCCAGUUCUGAGGUGGUCUCCGAGGUUUUCCCCUGACACGGCCUGAGCGGCCCGGGCGUCGCGCAGGGGUGUAGGCCUUGGGGCGCGCCAGCCCGGCAGGAUGUUGAGGGUGUUAUGUGUGUACUUUGAUGGCGGCCUGCUUGGCCAGUAGACUGGAAUGCAGCGCCAGAUGCAAAAUAUUAGUCUCACAUGAAGGCAGCUCGCCCGACGCCUGGAGAAGGCUAUGCUUUGGUUGAGCCCGACUUAGGCGCAGACAGAGUAUCUAUACAUUCUGGAACGAUUGAGCUCAGAAAAACAACGCG